AUUUCCGGACAAAUAAUUAAAAGAUCAAAUCAGACGAAUGUCAUCAAUGGUAAUUACAAAUGUAUUAACAAAACUGAUUUAUUACUAUUAUAGAUUUCGAAACGAACAGCUCACAGUAUUAGACAGCAAAAUGUUCAAAGUUCAAGUUGCUUACUUCUGUAUAUUUUGUUUUAAUAACUUUGUUAUCUCCAAGGUACAUGGAUCGUACAAGUUCAAUUCCCUCAACUGCGAAGUUUUUGCUAAGGAAGUGGGAAAACUGAAGCUGUGCCAAAUUAAGGCGAUUGAUAGGAUGCACAACAUGAUCAACAUUGAAGCCAUUUUGUAUAAAACCAUAACUGAGGGUGAAGUCCAUUUCAAAAUAGUUAAACGCGAGAGUGGCGGUUGGCAUCCUUUUUUCUACGACAUACGAAUGGACGUUUGCCAAUUCUUUAAGAAUCGCAGGAGAUUCUUCAUUUCCAAUUUAAUAUAUUCGUUUAUAAAGCCAUACACAAAUGUUAAUCACACAUGUCCGUAUAUGAAGGGCACAGAGCUGCGACUGUGGAAUUGGUCUCCUGAUGAAGAUGCGGUCUUAGCCAAAUUCCCAGUUGACCACGGCACAUAUGGCCUACACACAACUUGGUAUGUCAACAAAGCGAUGACAUUAAAAAUAAAUGGAUCUGUAAUGUUUUUUAGGUAACAUUGCAUAUGAGUUUCAG